AACAGAAGCUCGUGAAAAGAGAGGGCGGGAGCUUAAGGCAGAGAGACCGGACCGGCGUUCAAACACUGCAGUCUUUCUUUUGCUUCUGAGAAGAAACUGUCCCUCUUUCAACUGGCUGUCUGUCUCGCUGCUCAGCCAUGACCCCACUGGACGUCUUGUUCUCCAUGCCCACCUAGAGAGGACGAGACAAACGCUCUCUGGCGCGGGAGGGAGGCACCAAAGGACGGGACACUUACUAAUUUGGGUCUGGAAAUUAAUUAAGCAUCGUCAGGACUGAGGGAGAAUAUGAGGGAGUUGAAGAAGACGACUUGAUACGCCGUUUGCGUGGGCAGAGAAGAGAGGAGGAGUUACCGCGAGAGACUUUUCGGGUAGAAUUGGCAAGUUAGGGCAGAGGUAAAAACAGAGGAGAGGAGAUUAGGGAUUUCAAUCUACAACGAUUAGUUUGCUCAUGUACAUCAUCCAUCCAUGUGUGCUUGUUAAUGUCCCAUUCACACUCCCACCCGCAACCUUCUCUUCGCAUUGCAUGUCAGCAAAAUCACGUCUCACACAUGCACGCUGCUGAGCUCUGUGUCACAGCGUGAGCGCAUGUUGAAGAAGUUGCAGCGGGAGCCCGAUCAGCAACUUCUCAUGAGACCCGGCAGGACAUUUCUGGACCAUUUUGACAGCCCAAAGCAGCUGGGCAUGACGGAACGGGAGGUGUCAAAGCUCUCCAAUCAUCUGGCUGAUUAAAGUGAUUCGAGAUGAACCUGCUAACCAUUUUAUCUGCCAGGGCACGACACCUGCGUUUGAAGGAUUAGAGCGGUGGGAAUCAGGGAUGGUCAGAUGUGUAUGCUUGGAUUAGGCUCUAAACACACAAGAAUUACACAGGUGUUGCGGCAGGAUUAUGCAAACUCUCCUGCUGCAUGCAGUGACAUUAUAGGAUUUAGGAAUCAGGUGAAUGACAGGGUAUUAUCUCCAGCAGAUUAAUUCUUAUCAACCGAUGACUCUUUGGAUAUAAUUGUAUCAGUUGCUCCAGGAUUUAAAAGGUAACCCGAGGAGAGGUGAAAGCACUUUCAACAUCACCCCUCAAUGACUUUGGCUCCCUCAUUGUGAACUUUGCACAGUGCUGAGUUAGGCAGUUGCUGCUUAAAACUUGUAUCAUGAGACGCUCGAGCACGGAUGAGACGCCGUACCGGCGAAGUCCGUCUCUGGACAGCAAGCCUGACACACCGCCGUUCACCUCUGGCUUCCAUCGAUUCAGCGGAGAGUUUGAAUACAAGCGGCCGCCGUUUGCGUUCGGCUUCACCACCACAAAGGGCCCACAGACAACCAAAGGCCGCUGUGCUCCAGGAAAGAAGUAUGUGGUGUUUUACCUGGACCUCUCCUUCAUAUUCCUUCUAGAACUACGACGCUGCAGGAUGGCUGAAGGUUGUAUGAUGGCACUGCGUUAUGGGAUGGUCUUCUUCAACCUCCUGUUCUGGCUGGGCGGAUGUGGCAUACUGGGAGUUGGCGUUUGGCUCUCAGUGACCCAGGGCAACUUUGCCACCCUGUCGGCAUCUCUUCCCUCCUUGUCGGCAGCCAACCUUCUCAUCGCGCUGGGAACCAUCAUUAUGGUGAUUGGUUGCCUUGGCUGUGUGGGGGCCGUCAAAGAAAGCCGUCCUCUUCUCCUUGCAUUUUUCAUCCUUCUUCUGGUCAUCUUCUUCCUGGAGAUCCUGUCCAUCAUGCUCUUCUUCAUCUACCAAGACAAGAUUGACCACUAUGCCCAGCGGGAUUUGAAGAAGGGCCUACAGCUUUUUGGCACGGAGGGCAACGUUGGUCUGACCAACGCCUGGAUGAUAGUUCAAACUGAUUUCCGCUGCUGUGGAGUGACCAACCACACGGACUGGUUUGAAGUCUACAAUGCUUCUCGUGUGCCAGACUCCUGCUGCCUGGAGUACAGUGACAACUGCGGCCUGGACAACCCGGGAACAUGGUGGACAGCGCCGUGUUACGAGCGGGUGAAGGACUGGCUUAAUGAGAAUCUGGUGGCCCUUUGGAUCUUUGCUCUUUGCACGGCACUUACUCAGAUCCUAGGCCUGGUGUUUUCCAUGACAAUGUUCUGUCAGGCAGUCAAAGCCGAAACCUUCUACGCUUAACACUGAAGCCUGGCGUCCGUGAGCACAUCUGCAACGUUCCUGCACUCAAGGGGGGACGGAUGCAGCUUUUCUCCUCCCGACGCAUUCUCUUCUUUGUGACCUUCCUUCUCUGGUGACCUUUCGUCAGGGACGUUGUUGCUCUUCACAUCUUGCCUGCUCAUUUUCCAACAAGCACAGUCUCAGUGUAGUACAUUUCCUAUCAUUUGCUUUGUGUCAAUUACUAAUUUCUGUGAUGCGUUUUACCUAGCAGUAUAAAGAAUGUUAUGCAGUGUAAGCCUUUUUUAAAUGUAUUUGUUUUAAAUUAUUUUGUUUUUAUGUGUUUACAAAAGGAGAGGCUCAGUUAAGAAAGUGCACUAGUGAAGUGCUGCAAGUGCAUGUACCCUGUGAUGGUGUGUAUUAAAUGUUUUGAUCUA